GACAUGCUUCAUAAAUGUAGGGGUAUGACUCAUGAGGAUAAUGUCAUGGGUAUAAUUAAAAUUUUCUUCUUCUAGUAGGCUAACCCUAAAUAUACACGGCCCAUUCCAUUCAUCUUUUCACCUUUCUUCCACCUCGUUCCAUCCUGCUCCGCUUCCGGCGACUAAAAGCGGCGGACAACCUGUGCUCCGCCGAGUCACUGUCAUCCUAAACACAAACCGAGUUAACCCUGUUACACAUAGUUAGUUACAAGUCCAAAACCAAACACCACUAUCUUCUCCGAUUACAGUCUCCAAUGGAAGGGUUAAAGGUUUCAGAAGCUAGCUUAAUAGUUCACAUUCAUCCUUCUAAAAGCAAUCAAGUUUCAAAAUCAGUUCUUCGUGAACUCAGCACUAUGCUUUUCACGUACAACGAGGUCUUCGACGGUGUCGUUUUGGCUUACGAUGUUAACUCGUUAGACAAAUGCGCGAAGAUUCUUCCUGGAGUUUUCCCUUAUUUCGGUGUUAAUUUGAAGGUUAAUCUGUUACUUUUUUCUCCCAAGCCAGAUAUGCUUUUAGAAGGAAAGGUAGUGAAACUUACACAUGAGUCUAUUCAUGUUGUUGUGCUUGGAUUUGCUUCUGCGAUUAUAACGGAGAAAGAUAUCAGGGCAGAGUUUGUGUACAAGAUGAAGCACGGGCAAGAAGUGUAUGCGAGCAACUCUCACAAACGACAUGUGAUAAAGGUUGGAACCACGAUAAAAUUUUUGGUCAAGAGCUUUGAUGAAGAAAUGCUUCAUGUUUAUGGAUCUCUAGUUCCAGAUAACACAGGAAGCAUACAUUGGUUGGAUAAGAAACUGGAAGUUGUUUCCCACUCUGACAGGAGCAUAAAAAAGAGAGAAAAUGAUGGACAGCCAUUAAUGUCAGAUAAAGAUGCUUUAGAUGGGGAACCAUCAACCGUUGACACUGCCCAAAAACUAAAGAAGUCGAAGAAGCAAAAACUCAAAGAAGAAUCUUGAAUGCAACUAAUAUUCACAGAGUAGCUAAGUCUAUGGAUGGAAGAGUUUGGUGUAUUACUUUUUAUUCAAGGACACAUCCAACAGGGAAAACAAUUGGCAUGCCAUUACUGAUGGGAUUUGCUUCAGCCUUGGGAAUGCUUGCACUGGUUGUAUCAAUUAGAUCCCACUCUUUUCACAAUUUGUAUGAUGGUAAUAUGAGGAACCUUGCUUCUAAUUUAAGAAAAAUUCUUAUAUAGAAACAAACAUAGCUUUUACAAAUUUCUCCUAAUUUAAAGUGUGAAUUUAGAAGCCA